AUGUCUUCUUCGCCCAGUUUUGCACUUUUGGUAUUUCUAUUGCUGGUUAUUGGGUGUACUGCAAGGCCUUUGUAUCAACUCCCUAGCAAAGGUGAUUUCAAUAGUAGUCAGCUUCUACAAACUUUUCGCCCAUAUAACAUUGCACAUCGAGGGUCAAAUGGCGAGUUUCCUGAAGAAACGGGUCCUGCAUACAUGAGAGCUAUCGAAGAAGGUGCAGACUUCAUUGAAACUGAUAUCUUAUCUACCAAAGAUGGUUUUCUUAUAUGCCACCAUGAUGUUAACCUCGAUGAUACAACUGAUGUUGCAAAAUACAAAGAGUUUUCAGAUCGUAAAAGGACGUAUGAAGUCCAAGGGGUCAAUAUGACUGGCUUUUUUACUGUCGAUUUCACAUUAAAGGAAUUGAGGACGUUGGGAGCGACUCAGAGGUUUAGCUUCAGGGAUCAACAGUAUAAUGGAAAAUAUCCAAUAAUCACUUUUGAAGAGUACAUAUCCAUUGCUUUGGAUGCGCCCAGAGUUGUUGGAAUAUAUCCUGAGAUAAAGAAUCCAGUAUUUGUCAAUCAGCAUGUGAAAUGGUCAGAUGGUAAAAGAUUCGAGGACAAGUUUGUGGAGAUGCUUCAGAAAUAUGGAUACAAGGGUCCAUACAUGUCGAAAGAUUGGUUGAAACAACCUGCAUUUAUUCAGUCAUUUGAUCCAUCUUCACUUGUGUAUAUAUCAAACCAAACAGACUUGCCUAAGCUUUUCUUAAUUGAUGAUGUUACAAUUCGAACAGAAGACACUAAUCAGUCAUAUGCCGAAAUUACAUCUGAUAGAUACUUUGACUACAUAAAGCAAUAUGUGGUGGGAAUUGGACCCUGGAAGGACACAGUAGUACCUGUUGUAGAUAACUAUUUGCAAACUCCUACUGAUCUUGUUUCCAGGGCUCAUGCACAUAAUCUGCAGGUGCACCCAUAUACAUAUCGAAAUGAGAACCAGUUUUUGCACUUCAACUUUAAUGGAGACCCAUUUGCAGAGUAUGAUUACUGGAUCAACAAGAUAGGAGUUGAUGGUUUGUUUACAGACUUCACUGGUAGCCUUCAUCAAUUUCAGGAAUGGACCUCCCCCAAACCUGAAUAUGAUGGUCAUGAUAGCACUGCGUCAAAUUUGUUGCAUGAAAUUUCCUCCUAUGGAUCAUAA